AUGCGCUGUUGGGCAGGCGGUCCGACAGGCCGUGAGGCUGUGAACCGACUUUUUCCACAGCUUCGAGAACUGAUCUCUCCAGGUGGAUGCGUCUAUAUUGUGGCACUUCAUUCAAACGAUAUUUCCAGCAUGCUUGCUUGCAGCAGCUCGGAAUUUUCAUCCUCGAUUUUAUUGGAAAGGCGAUGUGGCAUUGAACAUCUUUAUGUCCUCAAAUACACCAAAAGAUUCAAGUGA